GAAAGAGAGGAGACAGACGAGUUAGCGGUAGCGCACGUGCGACGGCAGUAGGAGCAGCAAAGGGGAACGAGUGAGCACGCCAGGGAGUGUUUUAACCGCCGCCAUUUCUGUCAGCCCGGACUCAUGAUUCCCAUAUGCACAGUAGUCUCUUUCACCUAUGUGCCCAGCCGGCUGGGGAAAGAUGCCAAAAUGGCCACCGGCAACUACUUCGGAUUCACCCACACCAGGGCUGCUGCCCAGUAUAGCCAGCAGCCAGCUUCAGGUGUAGCCUAUUCUCAUCCAACCACAGUUGCAAGCUACACUGUCCAUCAGGCUCCUGUAGCAGCGCACACAGUUACUGCUGCCUAUGCCCCAGCAGCAGCAACAGUUGCAGUAGCAAGACCUGCUCCAGUGGCUGUUGCAGCUGCUGCAACAGCGGUAGCCUAUGGAGGUUACCCUACAGCACAUGCAGCAACAGACUAUGGUUACACACAGAGAGAACAAGAAGCUCCCCCUCCACCACCUCCAGUCACUACACAAAAUUACCAGAACUCUUAUUCAUAUGUUAGAUCUACUGCGCCAGCUGUGGCUUAUGACAGCAAGCAAUAUUAUCAGCAACCCACAGCCACUGCAGCUGCAGUUGCAGCUGCUGCCCAGCCACAGCCUUCUGUGGCAGAAUCGUAUUAUCAAACAGCUCCAAAAGCUGGCUAUAGCCAAGGAGCAACUCAGUAUAUUCACUAA